UGAAACACUCACUCAAGUAUUUCUCCACUGGAUCUUCUGGAGUCCCAAACUUCCCAGAGUUUGUGGCUACUGCAGUGGUGGAUGAUCUUCUGGUGGGUUACUGCAACACAAACAAAAAGAUAGCAGAACCCAAACAGGACUGGGUGAAAACACUUUUAGAAAACAAUCCUCAGCUUUGGGAAAUGCACAAAGCACAGUGUUUUGAGAUUCAGCCUGCCCAUUUCAAAGCCGAGAUGGAUAACUUGAAGCAGAGCAUCAGCCAAACUGGAGGUGUCCACAUUCUCCAGAGCAUAGCUGGCUGUGAGUGGGACGAUGAGACUGGAGAGGUCAAUGGUUUUAAUCAGUUUGGUUAUAAUGGAGAAGACUUCCUAUCAUUCGACCUGAAGACAUUGACAUGGAUUGCUGCAAAACCAAAAUCUGGCAUUGUCAAACAAAGAUGGGAUGCUGACAAAUCUAGAAUAAAAUACAAUAAGAUUUUCCUCAGUAAGAUAUGUCCGGAAUGGCUGAUGAAGUUUGUGGACUACGGCAAGAGCUAUCUGCUGAGAAAAGAGCGUCCCUCAGUGUCUCUCCUCCAGAAGUCUCUGUCCUCUCCAGUCAGCUGCCACGCUACAGGUUUCUACCCUGACAGAGCCAUGAUGUUCUGGAGGAAAGAUGGAGAGGAGCUUCAUGAGGACGUGGACCUCGGAGAGAUCCUCCCCAACCACGAUGGAUCCUUCCAGAUGAGUGUAGACCUGGACCUUUCAUCAGUCCCAGCUGAAGACUGGAGGAGGUACGACUGUGUGUUUAAGCUCUCUGGUGUGGAGGACGACAUCGUCACCAAACUGGACAAAGCAGAGAUCAGGACCAACAGAGAGAAGCCCACUGACAUGACCGUCCCCGUCAUCGCUGCAGUGGUUGUUCUCGCUCUCGUCCUCCUCGCUAGUGUGAUCGGAGUCCUAGUUUACAGAAAGAAGAAAGCCAUACGCCCUCCAGCUCCUGACAACAGCGUUGAGUCCUCUGAGAAACUGAAUCCAGAAUCUAAAUGAUAAACACAUGAAUAUGGAUGGAUAUGAGAAGGACUGGAGGUGAUUGUAUUGUGUACUGACUGCAUUGUUCCUAGUCAUAUUUAUAUGAAUGAAUGAAUGAAUGAAUGAAUGAAUGUCUAGUUUGGAUGGGUUAUUAUUCAGUUUGAUUUAACUGACUGACUGAAACCUGGACACCGGUGAUAGCUGGAAAAGGAAAAUAAAUGUUUAAUGUGUUUAUGUAAGUAUGUAGAUAUGCAUGUAUGUGUUUGUUUACAUAUAUAAAUAAGUGAAUAAUUAAGAUGUUUGCAUAUAACUAAAGGACAAAGUAGAAAAAGGGGGUAGGACCAGACAAGUAUUUUAAACUUCUUCGUCCUCCUUUCUGAACGUGGGAAUCCUUAUUUAAAUCAUUUACAAUAAUUUAUAAAAAAAUGUUUGAUUUGUUUUUUUGUUGGUUUUCUUGCUUGAAUAUUCACUGUGUGUUUGUUUGUUUACCUAGCAGACAUUUUCAUAAAUAGUGUAGCAGUUUUCUAUGAAAUUUGAUGGACAGACCAUAAACUAAGAAAGAACUUAAU